UUGGACAGACUCUGCGCUCUGCAGUUUAAUUGGACCACAACAACACACACUUGGCUGCUUGACUUCUGACGCGCAACAAUGCAGACCAGGCCAAAAAAGUCUGAAACGUUAUCUUUGCGCACGGGAGUGGCGGUGAAACAGGUCAGGAGUGACCGCAGCUGUGUGUCCAUGGAUCAGACUACAUGUGCUGGCUUCCCUGCGUCCCUGCGGAAAGUCAUUUGAAGACCUGGGAGUGGACUCGGGACAGCUGCGCUGAGGUGCCAAAGGAAAUCCAUUAGUCUUUUCUUGGAUUUACCAGAGCCCCGAAGGUUUCCAAAGUGGAAUAUCUGUUAAGCUUAAUAGUAUUUUUGUGACAGCUUCACUUUCAGUAGCAUCGGCUUUGUGUUUUUUUUGGAAAACCAGGAUAAGCAACCACAUUACGGAGUCGCGUUUGGAGAGGUUGGAUCUGAAUUACGCACGGGAUUUCUCUAACAAAUGACUCUAAGUAGUUUGCGGCUUUUCACUUCACCCUCUCACCUCCCCUCACCGCACCGCUCUGAGCUUUUAUCACCCGGUUUUACCAGGUUCCACGUGGUGCGUAAAAGUCCUCCCGUCUCUCCCAGCGCGCCAGCGUGCGUCCGCGGCUCACCUGGCCGACGAUGCGGGGUGGAGGUUUCCCGAUGUGCGUCUCCGUGGUGGCGACGCUGCUCCUGGUUAUUAUUGACGUGAAGGCCAGCGGGGAGUACUGCCACGGCUGGCGAGACCCCCAGGGAGUCUGGAAAGAAGGCUUCCAGUGCCCGGAGAAAAUCGACGCGGAGGACGCGAUAAUCUGCUGCGGGAAGUGCGAGCUGCGCUACUGCUGCUCCAGCACGGACGCGCGGCUGGACCAGGGCAGCUGCGAGGACGACCGACAAGCGCAGGAUCCCGGGAAAGAUAGCAAAGACAAGAAGGACUCUCGUGCAGUGCCAAUCUAUGUGCCAUUCCUGAUCGUGGGUUCUCUAUUCGUGGCCUUCAUCCUGGUGGGCUCUGUGGUUGCCGUGUGCUGCUGCCGCUGCCUCCGUCCCAAGCAGGAACUGUCAUCAUCAGGAACCACGGGAGGUGGCGCCACCAGCGGGCGCCUCUUGGAGACCAUCCCCAUGAUGGCCAGCACCUCCAGGGGUUCCUCGUCCCGACAGUCCAGCACGGCCACGUCAUCCAGCUCCUCCGCUCCACCCGCCGUGCCUCGGACUGUGCCGGCUCCCCUCAUGCGGGCCCAGGCCUCCUGCUGCGUGCCGCCCGACGCCAGCGUCUUUGUCAACAUGCCCACCAACUUCUCUGUCCUCAACUGCCAGCAGGCCACCCAAAUCAUGUCUCACCAGGGACAGUUCUUGCACCCGCAGUACAUAGGCUACGCCCACCCCGUGUCCCCUACCCCGACUUUUAUGGACCCCACACAGGGAGGAUAUAGACCUCUCCAGUCCCCCUGCCCUCCUCCCACGGGUGGCUCCAGUGUUACCAGUGACCAGAAAUACCCUCCAGUGACAGUGUGAUGAGAGGACCAGCCUGCAGACUACACUACCACUUUGUUUCAAAGACUAACCAUUGAAGUUUAACCUGUGGGGCCGCCAGCAGAGACCUUAAGGCACUCUGCAAGAGUGGGAGGAAGGAAAAAAAAAAAAAAAAGGCAGAGUCAGACCGUCAUGAGGGACUCAUAAAGCUGAUACUGAUGGUGGGGCCUGGCCCGUUAUUGUGUGUGAUGUGUGCGUCUGUUUCAUGUUUCAUACGAUCUCUUGGUGAGUCACAAGCAUAAAAACAUUUCUCUGCCUUGAUGAAAAGAGAAAACUGCAAGUUGGAGGGUCAACAGCCCAGAUGGGUGCUAAUGCACGGUUUAAUGCCGUUUACAUGUGUUUCAUGGAUGUGUACGCGACAUGUUCUGGCUUAUAUGUUUAAGGGUGAGUGUUGAAUUUAUGUUUCAUUGCAGCGGACUCGAUGAAAACUGGGUAUUCAAGCAAAAACAAAUCUUUCUACAUGCUGUGUUUAUGCCCCGUGCACAUCUGUGCUUGUGACUGAUCAUGAGUAGUUUAUGUAAUUUUGUAUAUUUUUGCUUGUGCUGAAAGUAUGAGGAACAAAAAAAAGCAUGUGGUUAGAUGCUACGGUAGUACUGUACAUGAGCGAGUGUGGGAGAGUGCGUGAAGUGUGAAGGGACGUGGUGUUAUGAGUAACUGUGAGUGAGCUGUGUGUAAUGGGAAAUGCAGGUGGCGUGAGGUGAAAGGCAGUUGCAAUCUCCCAGAAGGCCAUUUAAACUCAAAUGAAGUGAACACGGGACACAGACUGUGACGCUCCACCCAGCUAUACAAUCACCCUCCUGGCACCGGGAAAGAGGGGUAGAGAGAGGGGGAAAAAAAGUGUAAAAACACCCAACUGCCGCAGGCGGAAACACACUCUCAGAACCCAAACAUGACAAUAAUCACACAAGCCUGGUGGUUAAUGUUCCUUGGAUGUGUGACACGGGAGUGAGGGCAGGUCUCUGAAGAUUACAGAGUUAAUUAUACAGCAAAACUCCACCAUCCACCCCCCUUCACUCCUCUCCUUUCAGGUGUAUACUUAACUCUGGCACAUUUCAGUGCAUUAGCACCAGCACCUCUGGGUGACCAAUUUGAAGCAUAAGAAAGGUACAGAAGUGGCAGGUAGUAGUUAUUAAUCUGGAAAAUAAGUGGAAACUUGGUUGUAUUUGAGCUGUUUUCCCUCCUGUUGUAUACAUCGAGUCUCAGGAACAUGCACCUGGAUGAACGUGCUGCUCCACUGAGGUGCUGACGCUGGUUAUGUUUGUGCACCUCACCUGUACUUCCAAGCACAACGUUCGUAAAAUGCUGUGGGCAGCUUGUGUGGCACAAAAGGAUGGAUUCAUUUUAUACUGAAUGUGUUUUUUCCCUCUGAUAUACUAUGUGAUGCAAGAGAGAUGUUUUUUUUUCAUAAAAAUUAAAUAUUAAAUACAACUAAAACA